AAACGACAAAUUUAUACAUUUCGACGCAAAAUUUAUUCAAGUAAAUAACCAUUAAUCAAAUGGAUUACAUGAAAACAAAUGUCCUGUAGAAAUUUCUGAUGAAAUUAUGGAGGCACCGAGAUGUGUUAUGCCCAAAGAUGUUCGUUGUCCAAUAUUGUGCAUUGUAAAAGCCACACUCUUCGUGCUGGUAGCCAUUUUUGUUUUGUAUUUACCACUCGGUGAUCCGGAAGUACACUGCGCCACGAGACACAACUCGAAGGACCAACGAUUGGCGAUGUGUUGUAUUUGUGAUUUGUACAUGAUGGCCGUAAAAUUAUGUCUUAAACUACUAGAGCUAAUAGAGUUUUUUAUUUCAAUAUUUGUGGAUCUUCUAUAUGAAGCCAAAUUGAGAUUUUACACAUUUUUAGAGAAGUUAGACGGAAAAGAUUUGUGUCGUUCUGUGUGCUGUUUUGAUGAAAAAGAUGACCCAAACAAGAAAGAGCACCGCCAUCGUUCAUGCAGAUGCAUAAGAAGUAAAUGCAAAAUAAAAUGAUGCAAAGAGAAAUAUUGUGAAAUAGUGAUGUUAGGUGAAGUAAAUUGUUGUAUAAAUAUUGUAAUUAUUAUUUGA